UCAGUUGUGUUUUAUAAUGUGUCUCGCUUUCUUGCGAUCGCUAGAAUUGUUAAAGACGUACGGGUAGUGAGCUACUGUCGUCACUUGUCACUCUCGUCAUUUACAGCGCACAAGAAGGAGACAAAAAAUAAGUGAGAAAGAAAGACGCAACGCCUCUAUUCUACAGAUCGCGGGGUGGGGUAAACGCUCUUCUGGAACUUCUUGACCAGCCGCAGCUAGCGAAGUAAUAGAGUAGUAGUGGAUACGCACUCGACGCGUAAACAUCGAAAGCUGUUUUCAAUAAAUACGCGUGUGUCUAAUCAGAGUCAGAGAGAGAGAGAAAGAGAUCUCUGGACUUUGCACAUAUUUUCUGACUCAUCAGCCAACCGCACUACUGACUACUUGUCAUCGUUUAGAACAGCCAGCAUUUCGUCACGUUUUCAUUUGCAGAGAAAUUUGUCAGGGACUUUUUUGGGAAAGCUAAGUGGUGUGUGGACUACAUGUUUUGUCGAAGGCGAACGUACGACUGUUGAGUGUAAAUUGAGAAAGAAAUUUAUUCGUUAAGUGGCCUAUAGUUCGCACUUAGGGUCUGCACUCUUCCAUGCAGAUUUUGUAAAUAAGUGACUGUGUAAUUGCAUACUUAUCUCUGAGAGACAAGUAUGACAGUUUGGUGAAAUAAUUAGGAAAGAAUGCUUAAAGACGUUGAAGCUGGAUCAGGAGGAUGCAGCGGUAUAACUUCCAGACCAAGGAGGUUGAUUCCACGAUUCUCAUUAAGAAGGUUGCUAUAUACAAGUCCCUUAAUCGGUCGACGUAUCUCCAGACCAUCUACUUCAAGCAACAAAAGUGGAAAAGGCAGGGACACUAUAACCAAAUCCCCUGAUACAGAAAGAGGUCAAGCCAAGACUAGCUCUAGCCAUACACAGUAUCACAAUGUAGAUUUACAAAGAGCUUCCAGUAAAGGAUCAGUUUUAUCAACUGCAGGAAAAAGUACUGAAAAUGGAACAAUGGAGUGUCCUUUAUGUUUAGCUGAACUUCCAGUAGAAUUAUUUCCUAUAAUACAGUCAUGCCAUCAUCGUAGUUGUUAUGAUUGUUUCCAACAGUACCUCAGAGUGGAAAUAUCUGAAUCUAGAGUUAACAUAGCUUGCCCUGAGUGUUCAGAACCUCUUCAUCCAAAUGACAUACAGAUGAUUUUAAAUGAUCAUAUUCAACUUGAAAAAUAUGAAGAUUUUAUGGUAAGACGAGUUCUCGCAGUUGAACCAGAUGCAAGAUGGUGUCCAGCACCGGAUUGCAGCUUUGCUGUGAUUGCAUCGGGCUGUGCUUCGUGUCCAAAAUUGCGAUGUGAGAGGCCUGGUUGCGAUUCUUAUUUCUGCUAUCACUGCAAGGCGAGGUGGCAUCCUAAUCAAACUUGCGAUGCUGCACGAGCUCAACGUUCACAAUAUUAUGAACGAAGCUCAUCUCUCAGUUUCAGUCAAAGCGACUCUCAACACAGAGAUGACAUCAAACCUUGCCCCAGAUGUCAAGUUCUUAUUUUUAAAAUGGAUGAUGGUAGCUGUAAUCAUAUGACAUGUACUAUGUGUGCUGUGGAAUUCUGUUGGCUAUGCAUGAAAGAAAUCAGCGAUCUUCAUUAUCUAAGUCCGUCCGGAUGCACAUUUUGGGGUAAAAAGCCAUGGUCUCGCAAAAAGAAAAUUCUUUGGCAACUCGGUACACUCGUCGGUGCUCCAGUCGGCAUUGGCCUUGUUGCUGGCAUUGCCGUGCCUGCUAUGAUCAUAGGCAUUCCCGUUUGGGUUGGACAGAAGUUGUACACAAGAUAUCAAAAGGCCAACAAGCACAAAAGGAAUGCAUUCGUAGCUGGUGGAGUUACCGCGUCGAUCCUGGUGUCGCCAUUGAUAGCUGGAUUAGCGGUGGGCAUCGGAGUGCCGAUUCUGCUGUUCUACGUUUACGGCGUCGUGCCAGUGUCACUGUGUCGCAGCGGAGGUUGCGGAGUGUCGACUAGCGGCUCCGGUGUGCGUUUCGAGUUCGACGACGAGAAUGAGCUGAUGGGUGCUCUCGGCGUCAGGAACACCGGAGAUGCAGCUUCGAUAGAUGUGGCGAGCCACCGAGGUGGAAAUCCGUCAAUAGGAGAGGCCUCGUUGUCGCUCGGCAGUGGCAGUCAGCUUGAGAAGCUCGGACGAGAGAAUGACCGCGAGAGCGCCAGUAAUGUUGCCCUCGCUGGCACCAGCCUCGCAGGCAGCAUCGCCUCCAGCGUUCUUCCUGGCGGUCAAAGAUUGGAAGUCCAGGCAGACGUGACAUCGGCGCAACGAUUCAGUCUGUGUAGCGAGACAGCAUCAGCGGCUACCAGCCUCUCGGAAAAAUCCGUCAACGCAUCAAUCGCUCCAGACGACGGUUCAGCGUCGACCCGCACUCUGGCCGGUUCAGUUCUGAACAUCAAGCUCGACUCUGCAGCGUGCGCGACCAACGAAUCUUCCACCCAGGUGGAUUUGUCCUCGGGUCAAGCAGCGUCUCUGAGUUCGCUUGAAGAGAUGACACCAGGCAAUCUGGCGAAACGUGCACGUCGUCGUCCAGUCGACAAGCAACAAACGAGCGACUCGAGUGCCGAUGACGGUGGCAGUGAACGGGUUAGAUUUGACCACCACGUGAGCUUCAUCGAGGAAGCCAACACCACUGGCAGAGGUCAUUCGAGGCGCAAGCGAGGACAACAGGAGAACAGCACCGAGGAGCCGCAGCAGAAACCCUUGAGGUCUCCGAACGGUGACUCGAAUUCGCCGGAAUUAUUCACAGAAGAGCCAGCGAAAGAACGUAUGAACGUGACAGCAUUGAAAAAUAUCUUUUUUCAUAACUCUUCAACAUGUUCAGAUCGUGAAAAACGCUUACCAGUCAUAGAAGAACCUACUUCAGUUACCUUACAGGCUAAUUCUGCAUACUUGAACACACAUCAGAUAGACGAUACAAGUAACGAAAUAAAGUCAGAUGAAAAUUAAAAUUUGAU